AAUUUGCAUACAAUUAUCCAAUUAAAAUAAACAGAUGUUCUGCAUUUGGCACCCGUGCCAAAAGAGUGGCUACAAAUGCCAGGUCAGUUAAAAGGAGGCUGUUGAAAACUCAUUGUUCAUUGUAGUCAUAAGUUAAUAGGUAGAUAUCAGUGAUGUCUAGAUUAAAGUAUAAAUAGUCAUUUUAAUGAUACAUUUUCGAAGAAAACGGGGGAAAACUAUGAAGGUUUGUUACAGUGACAUGGAUACACUUUUGAGGAACUGGAUUAUUAUCAAAGGAAGAAGACAUUGGAAGAUAAUAUAUAAAAAAAAAAUAUAUCAUAUGGUGAGCUUAUUAUUAUUGAGGACAAGUUAAUGUUUUCGUGAGUAGAUUAUAUAUUUAUUUUCUUAAUAGUUUUAUAUUUAAAAAUAUGAAAUUGUAUGUAUUUAAUCAAUUAUUUCGUGUUUCAGGCACUUUUUAUAUUUGUCGUAUGGAUAGAGAAACCCUAAGAAUGUUUUCUAGAUUGAAAAUAUCUUAAUGAUUAUCCUAUUGUAUUUUUUAUCACAAUGGUGUGUCUAACUUGAUUAAUGAUAGUAACACCAUCCAGUAUCCAACAAUGAAGACAAUCCUUUUUACUAUAGUUAAUUUUUAGUAUUCAUAAUAAUUUAUUUCAAAGAUAAAUUAAAACGUUGAUAUUUUUUUAUUUAAGCAUAGAUUAUUUAAAAUUAAUUUUUUUUUGUUGUUAUGUUUUUUUUGCAGAUAAGCAAUGAACGGUAACACUGGAGAAGAUAAAACCUCUCAUUGAUUUAAGUGUAUUCCGCUGGAGCGCUAGUUGCCGCUUCCAAACUCCGUAAAAUGUUACACAUGUGAUAAAAAUUCUAAUUUAUAAAUUUUUAACUCGGUUUUGUUAGUUUUUAUUCGUUUUAUUAGUGAUUAGAAGGUUUAACUCGAUAGUUGAAAGUUUAAAUAAAUUUAUUUAACCGCUUCAAAUGGGAGUAAAGCUGUUUCCAGUUGCAAGGUAGGUUCAUAUACCUGUCUACUGCAGCUUGUCAAGCCUUAACAUUGAUUAUUUUUGCCGGUUUAAUUCGGCACGGUGUUACCUUUCGUUUGCUACAGAGACCGGCAAGGUGAUAUGAAUUGAUAAACGGAGUUUUGGCAGUGUUUGUUUUAGCUAUUGCUUUUUUAGGUUAAGCUUUCCAAAUGCUUAAUUUUUGGCAGCCUUUACGCGAUUUGGACUUUUGCCAUUUAGUUCAGCGAACUUUUACGCACAUGUGGGGAUUUUGUGCUCAAAUUAAUUCAGUUGGAUGAUACUUGCCAGUUGGGGGUGAAGGUUUGCAGUAUUUACUGGUAGUGAACUGUAUUGGAUAUCAUGAUUGUCAAUUGGUGACUCAGGAUUAUAUUCUAUUUCUGUUAUCAUUAAUUAGUGUUUGAACUGUUAGUUGUUUCUGUGCAGCUUGAGGGAAAAUGCCACAAGAACCUGUCUUAUCAAUUACAGGAUGGUUGGCCGAAAAAGGAGAUAAAAGCCAAGAGAUGGACGGGGGCGGUAGGCGGAGGGGCCCUACUGCUGAAGAUCAUGCCCUAGAUCAAAUUGCGAAAGAGAGUGAGGUAAGUCAUGGCCGGAGACCCAUGACCUCAGAGCUGACAUCAUCUCCCUGGGAACGUCUUCUAGAAAGUGGACAUACACUCCCAGAGCGGCUCCUCCGGCAGGUCCUCAUCCUCUUGGUUAGUCUAGAAAGCGGCCGUUGUGGUGAGAGCUCGAGGCUUCCUCGAUCGCCCAUGUACCGGAGCACUUCACGCUCCUUCAUGUUCCGGCCAGGAAGUAAUUGCCAGGGCGACAUGUCGAUCUAUCGGAGGAAGCCGGAAUGGACUGAGCACAUCAGGCCUCUUGUGGAGUCGCACUAA